AUGCCUACUAAUGGAACUGGUGUAGAAAGAGUCGGUGUUCAAUUUGGUAGUUUAAGUUUAUCAGAAACUUCUGAGGAACAGGUAGAAAUGGUCGAAAAUGAUCUUUCAUCUCUUGCCCAUCAAGAUGAACUUUCUAAUUCUUCUACAGUUGUUGAAACUCAACAAUCACAAUCUCCACCACCACAACAGCAAUCCCAACAACCGCUUAACCACCAUCAAAUUACUUUACCAGCUCAACAACAACAACAACAAACACAUCAACAACAAUUACAAGCGGUUCAAAUACAAUUACAACAACAAACCUCCAAUCAACAGCAGCAACAAACUACACAAGUACAAACACAAUCUUCUAAUUCAUUAUCUCAGCCAACUUCUAUUAAUCGCCUACCUACAUCCAGCUCAUCUACCUCAUCCACACAACAACAACAACCAUCAUCUAUCAACAGCAGUGCACCAUCAAGUGUGCCAACAAAUGCUUCAUACUUGAAACAACAACAAGAACAAUCUGCCGCUACUGCAUAUUUAAAUCAACAUCAUUUGGGAGGAAUAGAGCCAAUAAGUGCUCCCUAUACUUCUUACAUAAAUCAACCACCAAAUCAAUUGUCACAAUUUGGUAUUGGACCUAUUCAACCUGAUUAUGCUACAUUAUAUCCUGCUGAAGCUCAGCGAGGAGUAAUGGAUUUCACCAUGAGAAAAUAA